AUGCUUCCACUGAUUCUUUCUAGAGCAAUAAAAUAUCCCGUACUUAAAUGUUCCUCAGUUACACAUAUGUGCCAUUUUGUCAUUGAAGGUCCAAAUAGAGUGAAGAGAUUACCACAAUGGCCAUUAAGUGAAGAAGAAACAGAAAAGAUCACACCAAUAAACACUCUUAACUCUCAUGUUAUUUUCAAUAAAAAAACAAGAUUUCACCCAUUACCAUUCCACAGACCUUCUACUAAUAAAAUACCAGAUUAUAUACUUGCCCAUAUUCAUUCAGCCCGCAGUCAUGGAGGUAGAAGCGGUGGCGGCGGCUCUUCUGGUGGCUGGUAA